UUCAGUUUAGUCAAAUAAAGAAUAUCAUGAAACUGUUAUUCUAUCAUUUCAUAACUAUUUAUUGCCUGAUUAAGUACUUCUUUGGGAUACCAUCAGGAUUAUUUAAAAAAGUUCCAUAUCCUCUGUAUUUAUUAAUACAAGCAUGUCUCAUUCUUGUAUCAAUUAUAAUCAUGUUGUGUUUUUCUUUUGUAUAUUUAAUAACACAAAUAUUUUUAUUCGGAAUCGAUUUAUGGUUAAUAUUGAAACUAGGCAGUAAUUACGGUGGUAGAUUACCAGGAAGAGACGCUGUAUUUGAAAGUGCAGAAGAAAAAACAUCCAUUGCAACCCUUGUAAUUUUGAACCACAAGGAACAUGAUGAAAAUGUCAAUAAACGGAUUCAAAAAUUAUUCAAAAAUAUACACAACUCAUCCAAGAAGUUAUCUUAUGGCGUCGAAACUUGUUUGGGGUAUAGCUAUUACAUAAAAAACCAAGUUAAUUCUGAUGAUUGUUGCGUUUUUACUAAAAUUAACGAUAAAGAAUGUUUGACUCGUGACGAAAUAUUUGAACAUAUCAAAAAGAAUUGUUUAAGGAAUAUGUGUAAUGGGAAAAGGUUGUGGUAUGGGGAAAUAUUUACACAACGCGUUUUAUGGAAUGAAAAAGACCAACAAAAAGCGAUACUGAUUGUAUUUAAUCAUUGUUUAGGUGAUGGUCCAUCCCUAAUAGGUUUAGCCAACAAAUUUGCAACUCCCGAAGAACAACAAAAACCCACAAAACUCGAUCCAAAAUAUACAACAAAACCUAUAUUUACACUAGAUGACGCUUACAUUUACAGAAACUUUUUUAAACUUGAAAAAGAUGGGGAAGAAUUUGAAAUAAUAAAUAACGAACGUCUCAUUGCGUUUUAUAUAGAACGUAGCAUCAAAUAUGUUCCGUUAACUAAAAAAAUUAAAAAUAAAAUCGGAGUGGGAUUUACUGAAAUUUUAAUUGCAGGAUUAACAGCUAGUUUAGAAAAGGUUUUGGAUAAAAGAGGCAAAAAAAUUAAUUUCUGUACAGUGGGUGUGGUGUUUAGGCCAAUCGAUGAAGAUUUAGUUAGUAUCAUUAAUGGGACAUACGAUUAUAAUGAUCUUACAAAUAAUUUAUCGGUAAUUCCAAUAAACACCCCUCUCACCAUGCAGAAAAACUCAACGAUGAUGGAUCGACUUAAAUCUGUUGGCGAAGAAAUCUCUAAAGCUAAAUAUUCCGUUGAUGGAAUGGCGUUUUAUGCAGUUUACAAUAUAGCAAAUAUAUUCCCUGCUUCUAUACAAAGAUAUUGCCAGAAAAUUUUUACUGAUGUAACAGCGGGAGUAACUAACGUUGGAGGAUUAAAAGCGGUUCAACUAGCAGGAUGUAGAGUGGAAUCAACAAUUCCAUUUCUCCCACAGUUCCAUAACGCACCACAAAAGGAAAAAAAAGAUGUAUAAUAACAAAAUACCAUGCUUAAAGCAAUGUUGUACCUAUUUGGGUACAGUGGCCGAAUCCAUAUAACAAUUACACCUUUAUCCAGAUCUCUGCUACGAUGAGUUCGGCACGUUUUGACGUUUCUAAUCGUUAUAAUGGCUUGGAGGAAGUAGUUAUUGCUAUUUUAAAAGAAAGUGACUACGAAUUAGCGGUCAUACUGCCAAAACCUAGUGUUGUGACGGAUGAAGAAGAUGCCGACGAGGACAGGUUACUGCCACAUUGCUGCAUGAUGUAUUUGGUCAAAUAGAGGUAUUUAUGUGUGAGGAGGAUAACAGUAAUCCAAGUUCCGACGACGUUAGCAGCGAUGAUAAACCAUUGGCCAAAAUUACAAAAAAGUAGUCAAAAUAUUACUCCAAAAACAGGGGAC